UUUGUGAGACCCCUUCUUCCCAAACACUAUACCAACAUGCCAGACAUUAAUAGCCUCGCUACGUUACCGUCGCCGGAGAUUAUCAUCUUCACCGCUUUACCGUCAGCGGAAAAUGGCCCGUUAGGCUUCAACCAUCCAGCUGUCUCCUCGCGUCGGCACGAUCAACAAAAGCCGUUCAUAAAUCGGCCGUCAACCCUCGUCAGCCUAUCGUUCUCGAUUUCUUCAAUCCGCGUUUUAAGGCGUCGCGUUUCAUCCACUCGUGGGACAUUUUCAAAUUACACCGCUCCGCAAUGGAUAAGAAGAAGUUCCUCGAGAUGGUUGAGAAGAAAAAGAAGCGCGCGGAGAUGCGGAGCGGUGGCAUGAGCAGCGAGUGGGCGAAGAAGCUCGAGCAGGUGGCCAUGCAGGCCGCUGACGAAGACGCGGCGAAACGGCAGGCGAAGAAGGCGAAAGAAAAGGAGAAGCGACGGCGAAAGAAGAGGAAGAGCCGGAAGCACCGCUCGCGAAAAGGCGAUUCUUCGUCGUCGUCGUCGUCUGAGCCUGGGUCUGGAUCCGAGUCUGACGAUGAUGACUUGCGUUCGUCUGAUGUGGGGUCUAGUGACAGCAGCUCGUCCGAGUCAGAGAGGGAGGAGAGGAGGCGGAGGAGGAAGAAGCGGCGGGGGAAGAAGCAGAGGAGAGAGCGGAGGAGUGACUCGGAGAGUGAGGACUCGGAAGGGGAGGGGAGGGAGAAGGAGAGGAAGCGGAGGCGGAAGCGACGAAAGAGAAGAUCGUCCCCAUCGGACAGUGAUGCUGAUGCUGGGAGGGAUGAUGAUGGUGGAAAGGGAAAGCGCAAUACUCGCUCAACCUCCCAAGAUGGCUACAAUUCGGACGACGAUGACGAGGAGGAUAAUGGCAAGAAGCAGGAGAGGAGCAGAGGCAGGGCCAGGGACAAGGGGAAAGGGAGGAGCAGGAGCAGGAGCAGGGGUCGCAGUGGCAGUAGAUCUAGUGACGAUGAUCACAAGAAAAAGCAUAAGCACAAGAGCAAGAGCCGGAGCCGCACGCCCGACGUGCUUUCCCGCAAGCACAAGAGCCGGAGCCGCACUCCGGACUUGAUCUCUCGCAGGCACAAGGGCGGCAAGAGCAGGAGCCGAACCCCUGACCUGAAGACGAUGCAGGAUGAGGCACAGCGAAGAUUGCGCAGGGCCAAGAGCAAGAGCCGCACUCCAGAGGUUGGUGCUGGGUAUGGCGGUGGGGAGAGCAAGGGCGAGGGGGCGAAUUCUGAGGCGCCUCAAAGAAAGAGCCGCACGCCGGAAGUUGAGGCUGCGUUCGCGGGGGGGGAGGAGAGCAAGGUUGAGGGAGCGAGCUGUGAGGCGCCUCAAGGCAAGAGCCGCGCAUUGGAUACUGGUGCUGGGGAUGGGUCUGGGGCGAGCGAGAUUGACGGAGGGGGGUGUGGUGGUGGUGGGGAUGCAGAAAAGAGAAGGGAGCAGGGUGGUGAGGGUGGGGUGGUAGUGGCAAGUGGAAAUGGAGGAGAGCAGAUUGCGGUGAUUGAGGAAAUGGAGGUGCAUGGGGGAGGUGGCGAAAAGGGAGAGCCUACAGUGGAUAGGAAAGCUGGUGAGCGAGAGGUAGAAGGGGGUGAGGGAGAGGGGAAGGGGGGUGAGGGAGAGGGGAAGGGGGGUGAGGGAGAGGGGAAGGGGGGUGAGGGAGAGGGGAAGGUGGGUGAGGGAGAGGGGAAGGAGGUUGAGGAAGAAGUCAAGGGGAAUGAAAAAGGGGAUGGUGGGAAGGGGAAAGGGGGUGAGGCAGAAGCUUGAGGCAGGGUGUGAGCUGGGGAAGCCGAGCUGGGAGUGUGAGGUGUCUUCAUAUUGCUUGAGUCGACUCAAAGGCAGGGUGUCUGAGGUGACCAGAGGGGGGCAGAGCUGGGAGUGCAGGUGCCUUGAAACAGGAUGUGCGGGUAUGAGGCGGCGGUGUUUUGGACUGACUUGGAGCAGGAAGAUGGCAUCAGCUUUUGGUGAACGUGAAGCAGAAAUGAGCUCAGCAAAGAUAGAAUGAAUGAGGGUCAUUCAUGUCAAGUCGGUAGGGUUUCGAUUGGAAAGCAAGGGAGCUUUUGAGAUUCUCGGGAAGGAGAGAGGAUGGGAAGGUCAGGGAAGAACUUGAUUUCGUGUGAGGCUCUGAUUCGAGCAGCUAAUUCGAUGAGGUCAGUGGGAUUUGCUAAUUAUCCUUACAUUCUUGAGAUGACAUUUUUAUUUGUUUUAGCAAUUAUGUAUGCUUUAACCCCGAAGUAAUUGAAUC